AAUUCAAUUUUUGCGGUACCAAAAGGAACUACUUAAAGCGUUAUUCUCCCUAAAUAAACAAGAAUCGUGCAAUAAGGGCAUUUGUUGUCAACUAAUUUUUCUAUUGUCUGAGGGGAUUAAAAAUGUGCACAUUUUUAAAAACCGAGAAUGCCUUUCCAUGACCUUUAUGCUUUUUUGAUAAAGUUCAAACUUCUAAAGACUUGAUUUUGGAGGUUGAAUUGAAGCAAAAUUACCUUCAAAACCGUACAGAAUAGUUAGCUGCAUUCGGUACUAAGACAACUGUUUCAAACCGGAUACCUUAUAAUUUAUAAGAGUAAAUAAAUUUCUUACUUAGAGAUAACUACAUAAUAGCUCAAGUUAUUUGGUGACGGUAGCAGACGGUAAGCGGAAUGUAUGUUAAGAUGUUCUCCCAGACGUAUAUUUUUAGAAUUUCAAUUGAACUAUAAGUCUAGAUUUUUCGAUAUUUUAACUGUUAUUUAUAAUUAUGUCAAAAUUGUUCAGACAGUGUAAUAAACGAUAAUUGCGUAUCGAAGUUACUGUCUUCUGUCUACUGGUCAUCGUGUAAAUCUUUUGCCUCAAGAUGGAUUUUUCAAACUUAAGUAUGAUGAUGAUGAUGACAUUUUACUGUGCGACGAAUUGCAUCAUAUGCAAAGCAUACUUAGUUGACAACCAGCGUUCGUAUGCGACGUAAUUCUCAACUUCAUGCAAAGUACUUCUCGGAGAAUGACAAGAGCUUUUAACUGCAAUCAGUUUUCUGUGAACUGUGAGAAGUGGUUAAAAAUUUCACGCAUUUGGGUAUUUGUGUGAUUAUUAGUGUUGGCAUGAGUGAUAAGAUUAAUUUAUAUAUGCUGAAAGCCAGAGGGGCUUAUAAAAAUCUGGGCCGUCUUCGGCAUCGUCGUGAUAUUACUAUGGUUAUAGAAUAUUAGAUUUAAAAUGCAUGAGGAAAGGUAAUGAUGCCUUAUACUUUAAAACUUGACCCCUUUAAGUUGAGAAUAUUCGGGGACUUUGUUUGGUCAUCACUGUUCCUGGAGGCUUUCUCAUUUUUAAUGAUGUCAUAUAGGUACUGCUGGUGUCCGAAAAUACUUUUGGGGACUGAGGAUAAUCGGAUUGGUGUCAUCAUUUUAAUACAUCGACUUAUUUGGGUUAAACCUGUCCUACAAAUUUCAGUUUUUGGCAGAUCUUCGGAGCUAAUCUACAUCUUAUGGCGUGAGGCUAUUUAGUGCUCUACCUUUGUUUGUUUGAGCUGCUAAAUUAUCGUGUACAAACUGAGUGUCAAUGAGGUCUUCAUUCAAACACGGGAAAAUCCAGUCAUGUUUACAAUCCUAUGACAUCAAUAGAUUUGAAAAAAUAAUUGUUCUCUUCUAAACAAUCGCAUUUUUCCAAGACGCUAGAUGGUAAUAGGAUUCGAUCUCAUCGACCUUGGAGCAUCGAUUACGCAACGUGUAUUAUGACUUAAUCAGACACUAUUAGUUCCAGUUGCCAUAUUUCUCUAUAGCAUAUCAUAAAUCUUAAGAAGAGAUAAAAUGGUAAUUUACCUAGUGUCAAAACAGGGGGAGUUAGUGACAAAAUUUAGACACAAACGAUACAUUUUCCGACUCUUAAAGAAACAUUUCUUGAUAGUACUUUGUUAUUGGGGUUGAUUCCAAUUUUACAACAUUUCAUUUUUUCAGUGAGAAAAGUGUACUUCAACAUCAAAAACAUACGAAGCUCAUGGAUUUGGGAAAGGAACAACAGAUUUCUCCCAGGGUCUAUCAAUUAGCUCAAAUAAUUUAUCGGGAGUUUGAAGUCAUAAAGAAGGUCUUUGGCGAAUCCGCCUACGGUGGAUUAGUACCUAUUGUUGUUGGUAUUCUAGAAGAAAUGGACCUCUUGACUGUUGAUAAGCAGAAAUUGGAUCUUGACUUAAAUCUUUUGACUGCCGAAAAGAAUGAUAUUUCUGUACAGUUGUGUCGUCAAAAGGAGCUUUACAUAGCUGCAAAAAGACAUAUUCACUGUUUGGAAGAUGAGCUGCUUGGUAUAAAAAAAGAAACGGACAAGAAAUUAGAAGAACUUGAGGAGAAUUUGAGACACUAUCAGCUUCUUGUCAAAAAUGCUAAUGAUCAUAUUUUUAGAUUAGAAGAAAGGGAACAGGAUCUUAGAUCAGAAUUAUCUGCACAAAAUGAAAGAUACACUAAAUUACUUAAAAUUUAUGUGGAUUAUAUAGAAACAAACAAUUUAUCUGUGUCAAACAACGAUAUAGAAUCAGGAACUGUAUGCGUUGGUUGCGAAAAAGAUACUGAAUCAAAUGAGCUAGUAUUGAAAUCGACUGCUAAUUCAAACCCCACAAAUGAAAAUCCCAAUCAAAUUCCAGUAGAACCGGGUUACAUUUUAAACACGAAUUCUAAAAAUCAUGACAUUUCAACCAUUGGAAUUGAUCUAAUACAUCCUCUAGAAUCUGAACCUGGUGUGAACGCUUUGCACUCUCUUGAUAGUUCUCUAAAGUCAAAUAAUGGUGCCGCCUCUUUUAUUGACAUUUAUGAUGAUAUCGUAGAUUAUGAAACAGCUUUAGAAUCAACUCCUGCUAUGGGCACUAGUGAUGAUGUUGAAGAAAUCGAAUCUCUUGAUGUUUGUGAACCUUCUGUAGGUAUGAUGAAAGAAGUUGAAAAAUUAAUUAAAGAGAAUACUGAUUUGUAUGAAACAAAAAAUGCAUUAAAUAUUUUAAAAGAUGAUCUAAUUAAAAAACUAGAUGAAGUGACUGGUGAGAAAUCUAUGUUAAUUCAAGAAAUACAUGCUAUGCGUACCAAUAGAGAUGAAAUUAAAUCUGAAGCUAGUCGUUUAUCACGUUUAGUUUAUGAAUGUCGUGAUCAAAUAUCUAGCUUAACUGCUCGUCUUAAAAUUUAUGAAGAUGUCAACGAAGCUGAUCAACGUUCAUCUAGAUUACUUCUUACUUCAAUACAACAGUCGAAAUCUUGUUGGACAUUAAACGCAGAAGAUACAUGUCACACAUCAUCAAAAUAUCGUAAUAAAUCUGUAGAUAAUUUGAAUGAUGUUUCAUCAUUGAAUGAUAUGACUAAAACUGAAGAUGGAUACGGUUUACAGAGUACCCUCAAUAAAGUACCGAAAUUCGGUGAAGCUUUCUUCACUAAACGAGAAAUGGCUCGUGUUAUCGCAGAACGUAACAGUUAUAAAGAGAAAUUUUUGGAACUACAGGAUGCAAUGCGCUUAAUGGAGAGAUUACGAGUAGAUCAUAACUCUCGUUUACAAGUUUCGACAGGUGAUGGUUUCGAGCGUUGGGUACCAAGGUCAUUCUUUUCAACCGUCCAGUCGGGUUUAACUGGAUUAUUUUCAACUUUUGAUCACGCUGUUCCUUUAGCUUCUGUUUUGCCGUCAGAAGCUCAAUGUCUUAGUCCAUAUCAGUUAAAUGAUUCUAACCGCUCUUGGUCACAAGGUCCUCACAAUUUAUCAGUUCAGUAUAUGAAUUCCUCAAGUAAUAGACGGAGGAAAUCUGUUGGACUAAGAAACAUGUUUAGCAGACUAUUUGGUUAUACAAUUCCAUAUGAUCCUGAUUCAAACAUCGUUAAUGUUGGUCAUGAUUUAACUGCCGGCGUAGAUAGUCACUCAUCUGGCGAAUCUGUAUCGAAAUCACUGGAAUAUAAUCUUAAUUAAAAUCGGUAUAAUCCCGACAGAUAUAUAUGAUGUUGGAAUAGUUUUUGAAUUAUUUCAGUUGAUUAUCGGUGAUAUCUCUUUGACUAGCUUGAAAUAAUAAUUCUUUUCUCAAACUAUGUAAUUAACAGGAAAUAUAAUAAUUUUGACGUAAUCAAAUUAUAUUUUUUUGCAGUUUUACAAUUUGCACCUCUUGUUCUCUUUUAUAUACACAACUUUAUCACUAUCCUCCAUCAUUAAAUCUACACUUCACUUACAUCUACAAAUUCGAAUAAAAAUAAGUGUAUUUUUCCUUUUUAUAUUCAACAGCUGUUUUGUUUUCGCUGUUUAAACCAAUUCUAUCAUAAUCACUGUUUGUAUGUGUUAAGUUGAACGAUGUACUUCAUUUGCUUAUGUCAGCACCUGUGUGUGUGUUAAUCGAAGAUAAUGUUAUUUGCCACACCUUAAUUUGUUUUUUUUUCAUUUCUCCAUGUCUUUCAUAACUUGUCGUAUUUUGACUUCUAUAUUUUUUUAUACUAAAAACCAACAUUACUUGUCAACCAACUUUUGUGUAUUUAAGCAACUACGUUUUAUUGAUUAUAUCAGCUGUACUUUUAAAGCAACGUCUAGUAGAAGUAGUAGUAUUCAAUGCAUUAUUUAUUUUUCUACAUUAUUUAUGUGUUCUAUUUUGCUUUUCUGUGAAACAUCUGGAUUAUCUAUUUAUUAUCUUUUUUUAAAAAUGAAAUUUGCUCUGUUACGUAGUUCCCAUUAAAAAAACAAAGAAAAUAAAACUUGAAUUUAGUGAUAUUGUCCAGUUGGAUUCGCAUUAUGAUUAUGUUUUGCUGUUUUAUUUUAGGAAUGAAGUUGGGAGAACAAAACAAGACUGAGUGCAUUAUAGUUUUCCUGACAAGUCAGACAUACACUAACUAUAUUAUGAUUUAAUAUAAAAAUUAACCGAUUGUACAUUUUUUUGUAAUACUUCCUGUCUUGAAAUUAAGUUGUCUAACCUAUUUCUGACAAUAUUUUAUCUUACAAAAAAACAGUAUUGUAGAGUUUCCAAUGGUUUUAUUUUACACAGUUUAUGUUAUUUCUUCAUUACAUACUGAGUUAACAUCACC